UGCGGGCCCCGAACAAUUCAAUGCUUACUAGUUACAUAGUACUACUAACUACAUAGUUAGUAGUAGAAUCGUAGCUAACCUCUGACUACUUACCAAUACUCAUAGCUAACUUACAAAUUACCGAACGGUUUUGUUCGGCAUCUUAUGUGUUUUUUUUUCUUUGAUCGAUCUAACCUAGAUAUAUACCCAUAGAAUUGCUUGUCUACAUUAGCGAGAGCCACUUCCCUUCACACUCCCCAGCCAUGGCGGACGUAAUCAAAACCGAGUACGCCGGCCGGGUCGCCAUCAUCACCAUCGACAACGAGAAGAAGCUCAACGCCUUGGAUCUCAUGGGCUAUUACGCUCUGAGUCAAGCCCUGCUCGAGGUCGCCAAAAACGACCAAGUCUACAUCACCGUCCUGACUGGAAAGGGACGGUAUUUCUCAUCCGGCGCCGAUACAUCCUCCGUGCUCACUUCCAAGCACCAACCGCCCGCAGCGUCGUCAGACUCGUACCUGCAAGCCCUUCAGGGAUUCGUAGCGAACAACCUGAACCUGACGCGGACCUUCUACACGCACCCGAAGAUCCUCGUCGCCGCGCUCAACGGCCCCGCCAUCGGGCUCUCGGCCGCGCUGACCGCCUUCGCCGACUUCAUCUACUGCACGCCCGACACCUUCCUCCUCCUGCCCUUCUCCUCGCUCGGCCUCGUCGCCGAGGGCGGCGCCUCCCACGCGCUGGCCCAGCGCCUGGGGCUCAGCAAGGCGAACGAGGCCCUCAUCCAGAGCAAGCGCAUCCCGUGCGACGACCUCGUGCGCACCGGCUACGUCAACAAGGUCUUCGGCACCCCCGGCAGCGCCGAGGCCGACAGCAGUGCCUUCCUGAAGCUGGUGCUGAAGGAGAUCGACGACACGAUGGGCGAGCACCUCAACGGCGACAGCCUGCUCGGCGUCAAGGCGCUGAUACAGAAGCCGCACAGGGAGAUCCUCGACAGGCAGAACGUGGCGGAGGUGUUUGCGGGCCUGGAUAGGUUUGUCAAGGGGAUCCCGCAGCAGGAGUUUGAGAAGCUUGCGACGGGCAAGAAGAGGCAUAAGCUAUGAGUGGAUACCUACAUAUCUAGGUAGAUAGAUAGAUAGAAGGCACUUGUUUGAUAUUUUAAGAACAUCCAAUGAUAUAUUUCCCCUUGGGGCGAAGAG